AUGGACGGAAGUGCAUGCGAUCAGAUCUUUGAGACAAAGACUGUUGAUGUCGGAGAUGAAGUGAAGUUGACGUGCAGCCGCCGCCAGGAGUCGGUUUUCAGAUACCUUUUUUGGAUCAGGCUUGUUUCUGGAAACUUGCCUGAAUUCUUGGGAGGAACAUUUUCCUUCGAUGAUGUUGGUCUUAAUAAGACUCCUCACUUUACAGUCAAACAAGAGCCUGGAAGCUUUGUUCUGUACAUUAACAAAGCAGAGCCGAGUGAUGCUGGAGGUUACUACUGCAUACAACAAUUUGACUUAUCCAUGAAAUUAUUGAAUGCAACAUUUCUGAAAAUUAAAGGACCAGAACCUGAUAUAACUGCUGUCAUUCAGGUCCCUCCAUCUGACCCGGUCGGUUCAGGAGACUCUGUGACUCUGCAGUGUUCCGUCCUGUCCGACUCUGACAACCACACAUGUCCAAGAUAUGACAAGCUGUACUGGUUCAGAGCUAAUGAAUCUCAUCCCAGUUUAGUUUAUGUUCAUGGCAGUAGUGGUGAUGAAUGUGACGGGAGCCUUGAAGCUCACUCAACCCACAGAUGUGUCUUCAAUUUCUGUAAGAGUUUUAGUUCCUCUGAUUCUGGGACUUAUUACUGCGCUGUGGUCACAUGUGGAGAGAUUUUAUUUGGACAAGGAAUAAAACUGGAAAAUGAAGUGAUCAACAUCUGGAAUGUACAGAAGGCCAUUACAGUUCUGUGUCUGUUAAGUGCUGCAUUGGCUAUAAGUCUGAUUGUUGUUGUCGUUCUGUUCAAGAAGAAAACGUGUGAUUGUUGCAAAGCUGGAGUUUCUUUACAAACAGAGGCUGCAGCAGUCGGUGGUAAUCCGCUAAGUCAGCAGAGACACGAGGACUCCUUGGUUUAUUCUGCACCAACCUUCAGCAAGAGGAGGGCUGGCAAAACAACCGGGAGAGGAAAUGUAAAACCUGCAGAUGAAGAAACUGUCUACUCUGAUGUCAGAGCUUAUGCGAUAGAUUAACAAUCCAAACAGUCGUCUUUCUGAUUAAAUAGCUAUUAUCAUUCAUGGCUUGUUGUUCCCUCACUGCUGAACACUCAACUAAAUCACCACUGUUUGCAUAAUGGUGGAACGAGCUCCCCAUCACCAUCAGGACAUCAGAAAUUCGACAAAUCUUCCAUCGCAAACUAAAAACGCAUCUCUUCCAACUUUACCUUGACUUAAAAAAACAAAACAAAAAAAAACUUCCCUCCUGCACUUUGUA